GCGUAGCUAGAUUUUUGAAAGCUUUGGAUAAGUUUUGUGGAAAUUUGGAUUUGGGAAAAAGUGUCUUCCGAAGAAAAAAUGACUGGAAUUGAAAAACAUUAUUUGUGAUUUGUUUUUAUUUUGCAAAUUUUUAAAUACUCCUCAGACAAAAAUGACUCACAACAAUCACAGCGAAAACCUAUCAAUGAUGGACACGGUAACGACAAAAUAUGGCAAAACUACAUUCGUAACAGUAUCGAAAUCUUUAGCGAUAAUUCUGUUAGUUAUUUUCUUUAUUUGUCUGAUAGUUACUGGACUAUUGACUUACAGUUUCACUUCGACUUGUGGAUCGAAAAACGAUACAGAUGUUAAUAGUGAAGUUAUUAUAAGCCAAGAAAAAAGUGAACCCUUAAAAUGUAAUGAAAAUUUGAUAACGACUACUACUACAACCACUAGUACAACUCCAAAAAUCCCCAGAAAAUUUUUAAAUGAAAACCUAAACAUACGAUUACCCGAACACAUAAAACCUCAUUCUUAUCAAAUCAACUUGAUUCCAUUUAUCCAAGAAGGCAAUUUCACAUUUCACGGAGAAGAAACAAUUUUAAUUAACGUUUCAAAAAAUAGUAAUCACAUUACAUUGCACUCGGACAGUUUACUGAUAGAUUCAGUCAAUGUAAUGAACAUUAACAAUGAAAGUGUUUCGGUCAAAGAUGUCAGAAUGGACACAAAAAGACAAUUUCUAAUAAUCGAUUUGGACGGAUUCCUCCAAGCAAAUAAACAGUAUUACGUUUACAUCCAAUUCAAAGGUGUCCUUAACAAUAUGCUCGAAGGCUUUUACAGGAGCAGUUAUGUGGAAAAUAACAUUACAAGAUGGCUGGCAGCCACACAGUUCCAAGCCACCGACGCUAGAAAAGCAUUUCCGUGCUUCGACGAGCCGGCUUUCAAAGCGAAAUUCCAAAUCAACAUUGCCAGGAUGAAAAAUAUGACUGCCAUUUCGAAUAUGCCGAGAAUCGAUACGACCGACGAUGUAAAACAUCUUCCGGAUUAUGUCUGGGACCAUUUCCAAGAAAGUCUUCCGAUGUCCACGUAUUUAGUCGCCUUCGUCGUUUCCGACUUCCAAAAUAUCAGCCGCGGAAUUUUCAGCGUUUGGGCCCGACCCAGUGCCCUGUCCCAAGCGAAAUUUGCCGUCGAAAUUGGCCCGAUGAUCUUGAAGUACUACGAAAAAUUCUUCGGAAUCGAUUAUCCUUUGCCCAAAAUCGAUAUGGUAGCUAUACCCGAUUUUUCCGAAGGAGCCAUGGAAAAUUGGGGACUUAUAACUUACAGGGAAGCUGUACUUUUAUAUGAAAAAGGUAUAUCAAGUACAGCCAGUAAACAAAGAAUAGCGCACGUAGUGGCUCACGAAUUGGCCCAUCAAUGGUUUGGUAAUUUGGUAACUCCAACAUGGUGGGAGGAUUUGUGGUUGAACGAAGGCUUUGCCACUUAUGUAGAGUUCUUAGGAUCCUAUUCGGUCAAUCCCAAAUGGAAAGAUUUAGAUUUGUUUUUGGUCAGCGAGCUACAUGAAUCGCUGAUUUUGGAUGCUUUGAAGUCUUCGCAUCCUAUUUCAGUGAAGGUUAACAAUCCUGAUGAAAUUAAUGAUAUUUUUGAUAGGAUUUCGUAUUCAAAAGGAGCUUCAAUUAUAAGGAUGAUGAAAGGGUUUCUUGGAGAUGAAGUUUUUCAUUUAGCAUUGCAAAAGUAUCUCAAAAACAGAAUGUAUAAAAAUGCAGAGCAAGAUGAUUUAUGGCAAACAUUGACUGAAGAAAGUUUAGAAAUUAAAGCUUUGCCUAAUAAUGUGUCUGUGAAGGAGAUUAUGGAUACUUGGACGUUACAAACAGGUUAUCCUGUAGUUACAGCCAACAAACAACAAAAUGGAGAUUUAAUAAUUAAUCAGCAAAGAUAUUUGUUGGAUAGAAAUAAUGCUGUAACAACUGAUCAAUGCCUAUGGUGGGUUCCUAUCACUAUAAUGGACAGUAUGGGUACAGUAAGCGAAACUUGGCUGAAAAAAGAAAAAGAAAUUCUAGUAGAACAAGCAAUUUCGCCUGAAAUACCUUGGUAUUUAAUCAACGUACAACAGAAUGGAUAUUACAGAGUAAAUUAUGACGAGCAAAAUUGGAAAUCUCUCAUAAAUCAACUGCAAGGAAACGGUCACCGUCUAAUCCAAUCGACCAAUAGAGCUCAAAUGAUUGACGACGCAAUGAAUUUGGCUUUUGCUGGCUAUCUAAGUUACGAUAUCGCUUUGAAUGUAACUCUUUAUUUGACCAACGAGAGGGAAUAUGUACCAUGGAAAGCUGCCAUUACAAAUUUACAGUUUUUGCAUAAAAUGUUUAUUAGGAGCGGGUAUUUUGAUAAGUUCAAGAUUUAUUUGAUCUCAAUUCUCAGAGACUUUUACAUUGAAUUAACAUUCAAAGAGAGCUCCAACGAAGACCCGACUAGGGUCUUAAACCGCAUGGAAAUAAUAGACUACGCUUGUAAAUUAGGCCUAAAAGAUUGCGUCCUGCAAGCGGUGCAACAGUUUCAAAAUUGGAGAAACAGCGCCAAUCCAGACAAAGAGAAUUUAAUUAAUCCCGAUUUACGUCAAACUGUUUAUUGUACGGCAAUAAGUGACGGAGGGCAAGAAGAAUGGGAAUUUGCCUGGAAUAGAUAUUUGAACACCAAUGUGGCUACUGACAAGGAAAUUCUUUUGACCUCAUUGGCUUGUAGUAAAGAUAUAUGGAUUUUGAGUAGGUUUUUGGAACGUUCCUUAACUGAAAACAGUGGCAUUAGAAAACACGAUAUUGCUAGAGUGUUUGCUUCGGUGUCUGAAAAUCCUGUCGGACACGAUUUGGCUUAUAGAUUUAUGAAGAUUAAUUGGGACAGGAUUAGGGAAUAUUUGGGGCCUUCUUCAAUGUUUAUGAGCAGUUUAGUGCGAAGUUCUACUGAUAAAUUCAACACUGAAGAGGAAGUUAAUGAUUUUAAGUCCUUUUUUGAACGUAAAAAGGAGCAAUUUGGGGUUGCGGUGAGAACAGCUCAGCAAUCUUUAGAGCAAGCAGAAGCAAACACAAAAUGGAUGAAAGAGUAUUUCAAUACAGUAAAAAAUUGGUUGGAAAAUGUUAGGAUUAUAUCAUAAAUAUUUAUGUAAUUACAUUCCCUUUUUUUUACAAUAAUUGUAAAAUAAUUAUUUAAGUGUAAAUAUUAGCUGUAAAUUGGGUUUUGAUUUGGAGUGUAAUUAUAAUAAAGUAAAACACUAAUUGAAUGUUUUCAUUAAUUAUUAUUAAAUUGUUCAGUCAUUGGGUGCUUACCUUUUACUGUCCAUGACAGUGUUUAAGGUGGAAAUUCAAAGUUUUUCUAUUAACGUAACAUUUAUUGCAAAAAUUACAAGUGAAAGGCUUUUGUCCAGUAUGCAAUCUAAUGUGAGCCUUCAACGAUGUAACAGAAUGAAACUUUUUGCUGCAAAUCAUACAAUAUUCGAAUUUUUUUU